UUUGUAUAAAUAAGCAUGUAUGAAAAACAGUGUAAUAUUGUCGUUUCUUACGCAGGUGAAAAGCUGCUGCCCAGUGAAAAAUAUAAAAUGUCAGAAUACGCGUUGAACGACUACUCUUGGCAGAUGAAUCUUACUGUCAAUUCUCUGGAAAAAAGGGACUUUGGAGAAUACGUUUGCUCGUCCGUAAACGCUCUUGGAAAAGCUGAUGGUAUCGUUCAUUUACAAGAACUACAUCUUGUUGCGAAAACAACUCCCAGUCCUUUUGUGAAAAUCACCGAUCAGAAACCAUCGAGAAAGAAACCUAUACUAAAAGGGAGAAAGAAGAACAGCAACAGCAACGGCAGAAGAAUUCAUAUGGGCAGUUUCGACGAUUUCGAUUCCUCUGGAAACGACGACGAUUUCAGUACUACGCAAAUCAUGGGCGGUAGCACACUUCAGGAAGGCCACAGAACAGAAAGGCCAUUGAUAUCACCAUCGCUACCCCCACCUUGGGUGAAUAUAAACACAGCCAAUUGUAGGCAUCAUUUAGUAUCGAUCACGCUAUUCUUUCCGUUAUUCAUCUUAACUAUGAUAUUUGUUCCUUAAAAUAUACAUUCUUACGAAAAAAAAAGUUUGACAACGAAAUUCAUGCAGAUAAGAUUGGAAACGAUUCGGGAAUACUAUAGAGAAUAAUAAGUAUAUUUGAUUCGUUCUUCGUAGCACGAGACUAUGAAAACGUGCUUGUAUUAUAA